AUGGGUAAGGAUCUGGGUCACCCGUGGGUUGAUCCAUGGCCAGCCUUAUCCUUCCCUUCCAUCUCCCAAGUCCUCGACUCCCACAAACUCGGCCAGCGCUACGAGUACUUCAUGCGUUGGUCGGGUCGUUCCCCCGACAAAGACUCUUGGGUUCCGCUCUCCGAUCUUUCCCUUUCUCCCGCAGUCAACGAACUCGUUGACCGCUUCCACCACUGUCACCCACGCGCUCCGCACCCACACCAGCUUGUGUUUGAGCGCACCGUGCCAGUGCCCGCAGAUUCUAUUGACACUCCUUCUUCUACUUUACAGGCCUCCGCACCGCCGUCCGCACCGUCCGCCCCACUCGCUCUGCCCGUCCUGCCCGUGUCGUCCGUCGCCGUCCCGCCACCCGCGUCCUCCAUGCCCGCACCCGUCCCACCGCUGCCCGCGUCCUCCGUGCCCGCUCCUGCCCGUCGUCCCGCUGCGGUCCCGCUCGCUACCCCGCGCCCGUCGUCCCCGCCGCCGGCGCCUCGCGUGAACCUGCGCCAGGCGUACGUGCCCCCGCCGCAGACCACAACUCGCUCUGGUCAUGUGUCGAAGCCUGCUUGUCGUCCCGACGAGUAG